GUGUGGGCGAUCCACUUUUGACUCUUGAGUAUAUAAAUGAUUUGUAUUUACUAUAUUUGGUUGGAUCAUAUUCCAAUCGAACGUGAAUUCGUAUUCCCAUUCCAGUUUUUGGGGGACGUUCUAGGUCUGAAUUCCUACGAAAGAGAACAUGGUGAAUUCAUUGGUUGAUCGAGCGACGAGCGAUCACCUCUCCGGUCCUGAUUGGGGAAAGAAUCUCGAGAUCUCUGAUAUUUGCAAUCGCGACGCUACGCAAGCAAAGGAAGCUAUAAAAGGCAUCAAAAAACGCCUGCAGAGCAAAAGUUCGAAAGUUCAGCUCCUUACUCUUAUACUAUUAGAUACACUUGUAAAGAACUGUGGUGAUGUUAUCCACGCGAAUGUGGUAGACAAGGAUUUGCUCUGCGAUAUGGUUAAGAUGGCAAAGAAAAAGCCUGACUUUCGUGUGAAGGAAAAGAUCUUGAUUCUAAUUGAUACAUGGCAAGAAGCUCUUGGUGGUGCAAGGGCAAAGCAUUCACAGUUCUAUGCUUCAUACCUAGAUUUACUGCGUACAGGGAUAGUGUUCCCGCAGAGAUCUGAAAAGGCUCCAUCUUUAAUUAAACCAAAUAAACAGAACGGUGAGUCUAGUUCUCCUUCAGAAGACGAAUUUCCCAUCUUGAGUUCAACAGAGAUUCAGAAUGCACGAGGUAUCAUGGAUGUGCUUGCGGAAAUGCUCAAUGUUUUAGAGCCAAAGAACAAAGAGGACCUCGGUCAGGAUGUUAUCACUGAUUUGGUGUCUCAGUGUCGCACAUAUAAGCAGAGAGUCGUGCACCUUGUAAAUUCUACUUCUGAUGAGUUAUUGUUACGACAAGGACUUGCACUUAACGAUGAAUUGCAGCGUCUUCUUGCCAAGUACGAAGCGAUUGCAUCAGGAAAUAUUCCUGUAGAGAGACCAAAGGAAAAACCUGAGAGACCAAAGGAAAAAUCUGAUAAAACUGUUGUAGUAGAAGAAGUUGAUUCUCUUUUAAUCGACACGGGUGACACCAGCAAACAUUCCCAUAGAUCAAAUAGUGAUCCAGCUCAAACUGUGGCUGCCAAUGUUACUCAGAAAACUCCUAUAAAAAUUGAUCCAAAAAUGGACCUGUUGAGUUUUGACGAUUAUACCCCUCCUAGUGAAGAAAAUUCACUGGCCAUAGUAACUGCCGGAACACCCCAACCAAACACUCCCAUGGCCAGUUCACAGAACUCCCUUGCUCUUGUUGAAAUGUUUCCUACAGGUGGCAGUGGCGGGAAUAAUCAUCAAUAUGCUUCUUCUGUCGGACAAGAAUACCCUUCAACAUCUCAAUAUCAGCAGCAGCAGCAACAACAAAGACAGAGAAAUUAUCAAUCUUGUCAAUAUGAACAACAGCCAUUUCCGAUGUUUCCUCAAUAUGAUCAGCAGCAACAGUCUUUAUACAUGCAAGGCGCUAAUAAUAACCCCGUUUGGAAUGGACAGAUUCCUCAACCGUCUUCUCCAAUGUAUGGCCAACCGUCUUCUCCCAUGUAUGGCCAACCAGCCUCUCCCGCCUAUGGUAGUCAUACGAAUUGUUCGUUCCCACCGCCACCUUGGGAAACACAAUCAAUGGACAGUGAUCAACCGCUUAGUCCACCAUAUCAUCCGACAGUUCAAGUUACACAAGUGAUCAUCACAAGCUCGCAUCCAAUGUCGAACCAAGGAAACCAACAAGUUAUAGUGACGCAAUCACAUCCGAUGCCAAAUCAAGGAUCGCCACGUGGGGCCAAUGAACACAACAUGAUGUACCCUCCUCCAACAAUGAACCUAGGUUUGCCUGCUCCACCAACAAUCCAGACGUAUUCAUCUCCUCAAAUAAUACAAACCGGGCAAACGAGUUAUGGAUAUGGGUCAGGAAAUCAAAAUCAACAACAACAAAUGUAUAGCAAUCAAGCAGCUGGUGGAUAUGGUUAUGGAUACGGGUAUGGAUAUGGACAACAGCAAAACACGCCGCUAGUGGAAAACAGAAUGUCAAGCCUCUCUAUUAAGGAUGACAGUGUCUAUAGGAGUUCUUCAUACUCGUCGCCAACUCCAUCUUACGUGACACCAAAAACCGCGAAUAUUGAGGAUAAGUUGUUUGGUGAUCUCAUUGAUCUUACGAAAUUCAAGCCAGGAAAAGCAACACACGGGAAGGCUGAGAGCAUGUAAUUAUCAUCAGCAUAAAGAUUUUAUUUUCUUUUUGUUAGGUAAUAUCAUCAUCCUUUUAAACAUCUUUAAUGCAUGUCAUCAUUAGAAAUGAUCAUAUUCUUUGUAGGAAACAUAAUAAAAAAAUAGAUGGAGAACCAAGUGUG